CGAUGAUCAGAGGAGCUAUUUGACCACCAUUGUUUGGGCAGCAGAGCACAUCUGUGCCAGCAACAAGCUGAAGCAGGAAGCUGCUUGGCCCCAUACGGAUUGCAAAGGCUGCUCGGCUGAUUGCUAGUCGUUCUGUGAAGGAAGAUUAGGGAAGAGAACCUUGUAUUAUGCUGAUGCACAAAGCUCAAGCACGCGAGUUGGCCUAAGUUGCAGGAUAUGCAGAGGUUCGCAUCCAGAGAUCAAGAACGUGACCCAGUACCUUGAGUUCCUAGGCAAUGGAUACAACAAUGGAUUCCAUUCCUAUUCCUGGGCCCUACACAAUCGCGCUGAAGGUCUGCAAACAGAGGUAGAUGCCAUCAAGCAGGUUCAGCCAACGAUUGCCCAGUUGUUUAGGAAGGUAGAGCAGCAGGAGCAACGAGUUGCUCAAGUUGAGCGGCGAGAGGCAGUGCACCUGAAAAGAGUAGAAUCAACUAUUGCAAAGUGUGCUAAGGCCAAUGCAGAAGCAUCGAAGCUGAAGUUGAAGCUAGACGCGCUCGGCACUCGCCAUGAAGAGAGCAAGAGGACAAAUCGUAACUUGCGGCAUACGAACAGGGUCCUCAGGAAAAGGAAUAAUAAGCUGCAGCGGAAUGGUGGCAAAUUGCGCCGCCGGGACAGCAAGGAUGUGUAUGAUCUCCGCGUUGAUGGUGGACCUGCAAUGGCCCGUGGAAGGGAAGCAAGGAUGCUUCUCGCGCCUAGGCAGACGGCACGCAUCCAGGCCUAUAACCGGCUGUCUGAGAGGAGGCUUCCUCUCUCGGGGACCCGGGAGGAGCAAGAGCGCUUUGGAAAAUGGUUGGGUACGUGGGCGACUCGGACGGAGCUCAAGGCAGCCCUGGAGAACACGAAGUUCAACGGCAUUCGCAAGGACGUCCAACAAGAAGCGCUGGACAAAAUCAGCGCCAACCUUACCACGGCCGCCGCGCUUGCAGGGGUUGAGCUGGCCGGGGGAACAGUCCGCACUUAUGGCGGCGUUGCCAAAGAGCUCUUUACUGCAGCCAAGAGUGCCGGUUUCAAGCCCACGCUCCUGCCCAAGCCUGCGCAUGUGGCUGCAAAGCGCAGGGAAAUCAACAGCCAGGUUAUGGACGAAUUAGGGCAGCUGGUGGAGAGGCAUGGCACUCGGGAGGUCAAAGAUGAAGCGGGCAAGUGGGUUACAGAGGAGAUGCCCAUCAAUAUAUGGGUGCCCGUUGACAACGUCCUCCGGCAGAUUGUGAAGGAUCUUGGUCUCAAUCCAGUGGAACAUCCGAAGCUGAUUGUGUGCUACAAGAUGGACGAGGCGGCGUUUGGCAAUGGCGUCAAGCUUGAGAGAGGCGUUGUUGUGGGGAUGAACGGUGCACAAGACCCCAGGCUUCUCGAGACUUCUGGGUACAAGAUCCAGUCCGAGUUUGAUACCUACACGCUCACAGCCUUUCAGGUCCAGAAGGAGGACCGCGCCACCCUUGAGUGGCAUCUCGGAGUGCCCCCCAAACUGCGCGUCGCGCCAACCCGGGCGUCAGAGAUGGCGCAAGCGGAAGCCGAACCCUCGACAUUGCCGCCAGGUGCUGCUGAAGGGGAGCGCCAGCCCGUGGACGCCGAAGGAGCGGAUCCACCACUACAGCCAGCUCGAAAGCGACAACGGAGGGGUCUGCUCCCUGCUUCUGCGAGGAGGCCAACGCAGGAAGGCCGUGCCCCGGAGAGAACUGGAGGCGAGGUCGCGGGGCAAGAAGGUGGGCAAGGAGCGUCUGAAACCGAGGGGGGGACCGCAGAGUCUAUCAGAGGGAGGGAGGACGAGGGGAGGGAGAGUCGGGGGGUAAAUGCAGAGGUUGGUGACGGGGUGGUGCGCAGAAUUCGGGAGGCCGCAGCCAGUGCACGAACGGACUUGGAACAAGGCGAGUACUCCGAUGGCGGGUUUGCUGGGGAAGGGGGGGGGGUAAGAGAUGUGGAGCGGGCUGUCGAGGCUGGUCGUAACUCGCUGGGGGUUCCCAGGAAGGGGUUAGACGUGGGCAGGGAGGCAUGUGAGGAGGUCUCGAUGUUGUAUGCUGCAAUCGAACGGCAUGAGCGGGGAGAGCCGUUGGUUGUUCCGGGCGUUGGGAAGUUUCAGGUGGAGUGGCAUGGGUCGUGCGAUUUGAAGACGUUGAAAAUUCUUUUCAAUGUCAAGCCCGGGGCGAAUGCGACCAAGCCCAACAUUUACAGCGUCCGCGAACGGGUGAAGGGGCAGUGGCCUGGGGGAGUGCGUAACGGGCAGCAAAGUCAGAAACCGGACCGGGACGUCAAGGACCCAGGGUUCAGGUGUCUGCUCCCCAUCCCCCUUGAGCGGUGGCACCUAGACCCCCUCCACGCAGUCACUCGCCUCGCAGAGGUUAACCUCCAUCGACAAGUGCAACGCUACUGGAAUAUGGACUGCAGCACCCCCGAGAAGGCAGCGGUGAGGGACGGGCUCUUACGAGGGAUUGAGACGGUGCUCAGCAGCAUCGGAGUGCAUGGGGGCCACUGCACGAUCGUGCAGGAUCCACGUGCGGGCAAGGGGAACAAGCCGCAGAAGAUCAGCAUGAACGGCGGCACAGUGGCGAGAAUCACUGCCCAGAAGGUCUGGGCGCAGCUGGUCAACAUCGAGCCGGACGCUGACAAGCGGGCGGAGAUGGUGCUGAUGUGGUUGGCCUUCGACAAGUACGUGCCGUUCUUGCGUGACCCCGUGUACAGCGCUGCGACGGGCAGCGAUCCGGGCAUGCACGACAAGGCGGUCGACACGUACCUGGAGAAAUUCACGGACUGUUUUGGCGAGGCCGGGGUGACCCACUAUAUGGUUACGCUGUAUACCAACGGCGGGUGGUUCAUAAACAACAACCGGCACCUGGGAAACGGAAGUCUGGCCGCCUGGAACGGACAGGGGAUUGAGAAGUCCAACUGGCGAUGGAAGUGGGAGUACAUCCAUCACACGCAACACGGUGGGGGUUUCGACAAGAUCAACCCGCUGGCUCAGCUCGUCCAGUUCGAGCACCGCCACCGCCACCAUCGGCAGCAGAGGCGAGCUCAAGAGGCUGCCAAGAAGGCGGCUAAGGAGGCGCGCUUAGCACUGACCGAGGGGAGGCGCCAGGCGUGGAAAGGCUCGGAUGCUGCUGAGGGCGGUGCCGCCUUCCGCGCCAGUUGCGAUCGGGUCGGAAAGAGAUGGGUUCGGCGUGUGCCCGCAGGUGAUGCUCCGGAUCCGGACAAUGGUGACGGUUUGGCCGAGGACGGCGAUGCAGACCGGGGCGCAGACGAUGCCGACAAUGCGGGAGGCCGCGCGGACGAGAUGGAGGGGGACAGCGAAGAAGAAGAGCUGGACGGGGACUGCAUGGAUGCGGCAGAGAUCGAGGCUCGGGCAGAAAAGCUUGAUGCAUGGGAGGAAGCGCUCGAUGCAAACGAGAUCCGUUUGUUGGAGGAAGAGCGAAUUAGAGACAGGGAGAAAGAAGAGCUCAUUGAGCAACUGAGAAUGAUGUCCGAGUGACUCUGUACAUAAGGUUGAGGCGGUUCGACUGAGACCCUUCGUCAAAUGUAGGUAGCAACUAAUUUGAAUAGCUUGCAGCAACUUGAGUCGUUAUUUAUAGGGGUGUAUUUAUAGAGGUGUAGCUCGAUAUAUAUUUGAACUGCAAGUGCGGGCGCUUGCCUGCUUUGUUUGCCCGCACAAAGCCUGGGAUGCAACAGAGUUCCACGCGUGGAGUCAAUCCAGUACCUUCGAUUAUUACGUGC